AUGUCUACAAUAUCUGCUCUUCUUAUCGAUUGUCUCAGGGACUUCAACGCACUCUUGGGCCGAGGCGAUCUUGCAGCUCAUGAGAUUGAGGUCCCUAUGAACCUAUGGAAAGACGAACUAGGUAGAUUGCGCGUUUGGGCAAGCAACAUCGGUGCUCACCAGACCGGUCAAUCCUCACUCGACUUUCGCCUUAGAGACGCGUCUCAUAUCAAAGACCAGACCAUUAAACUCCUACAAAGGCUCCGUCGGAUACUGAAGGAUUUGGAAGAACUUCUGAACGAUCCAGACCACGACAACGCUUCGUCGUCGGCUAACCAAGAUGAUGAACCGGAAACACAAGAGAUUUAUGAGAGCCUGGUCGACGCAAUCAGCUGCCUUUUCCAGCUUUCCAUGGUCAUUCGCCGCCCAAUACAACAUGAUCGUCUUCUAGGCACUAGAAAAGCUGACGCCGCUCCCUUUGAGCCCUAUGACCGCGUACACGUCGGUCAGAAAUACCCUCGGCUCACUCAAGUGGUCGUAGAUCGACUUGGUUCUGCCAUUUCCAGGCGCAGAGCAUCUCUGAGAUAUCGAGAGCGACAUCACGCAAAGCUUAGUAAAAAUAUCGACCACGUCGUGGAUGAGACGAAGGAUGCAACGUCUACUCAACUCUCUGAGACCAUUGCGACUGGCUUCGUCGAACAGACCAAUAUAACUUUCGACGACACUGCGUCCACUUCCGGCGUAUCACAGACUUCCUAUGCACCGAGCUUAUGGGAAGGCAGCGACCGACUCACUGUCCCUCCGCCACCCAAAGAAUCAGCGAAUGAACAGCCCUUCGAAUGCCCAUAUUGCUUCUACAUCGUCACAAUUAGGGACAAGACUUCAUGGGUGCGCCACGUCUUUCGAGAUCUCAUGCCGUACACAUGUGUCUUUCCCGAUUGCUCUGCCCCGAAUCAGCUAUACAACAGCCGUCGAGAAUGGUUCCACCACAUGAGGAGUGCUCAUACGUCUGAAUUGGACUCACAGUCUCAAUGUCCUUUGCAAUGCAGCACUGCAUCCAUCUCUGCUAUGCACUUGGAAAGCCAUAUUGGACGACACCUGGAAGAGUUGGCCUUAUUUGCUAUGCCACGAGCUAUUCCCGAUGAUGAGGGCGAUCCCGAAAACCGCCAAAGCACCAGCUCCUGGGAAGAGGAAGACUGGGAAAGGGAUGUAGACGAUGAUGGGGGAUCAGUCAGCGAAGGCAAUGUCUAUGAUGAUGAGCGUGCGCUUGUUGCUGACGCAUCCGAUCCUUCUACCAUUGGUCAUCAGCCCACAGCCAACCCUAUACCUCCGGCUAAUACUGAUAGCGACAGCGAUAAUGAACAGGCAUUCAGGCUAAGAUACGACCCUGUGCCUCGAAACAGUGAAACCAAGACCGAUGUUGAGCGCCCUACGGCGACCCCAAACGGAGGGGCGGUGCCUUCAAAGAGCCCGUGGACACAAAUCCCUAAAGGUUUGGUGGACGUCCAAGUCCUCCGGUCGCGUGGACUCGAUUUUGAAGAGGAUGAGAUAUUCUACUACGUCUUUGCGGAUUUAUCCCAUGAGACUCUUUACAGCAUCCUACUUCAGUCUCAAAGCACCGGCAACGAGACAGAUUCCCAGGCUUCUGAAGCAGAUGAAGAGGGUAUCUCUACUCAUCGCGCGUUGAAACGCGGCGGAUUACUUAUGCUUCGCCCAUCACGCGAUGAUGAGUAUUUUGUCAUGUACAGGUUUGCAAAGCAUGCAAGUAAAUGCACACUCUGUGCCGACCCAUACGACUCCUAUCAACAAGGACAUGGCCUGUGUGACCGCGGCCGGAGCUAUGCUAGAUAUGUUUUCUCCCAUCUUUCCUAUAGGGGCGGAAAAGCUUUCUCUAGGAUCGAUAGAGCUUAUGGCAACCCUAUCGAAGUCCGCAUCCCAGCUGAAUGUGAAGUUAUUCAUGGACUCUUCAGGGCUCUAGAACAUGGUAUGGGCUUGAGCAGGCGUAAGAAACCAACCAUUGUGGACCCGAAUGAGAAACCCGUGAUUGUUGAAAUGCUCCCGCGAAGGGUGAAGGAAACCAGAGAUGUCCAACAAUUAGAAGAGCCCUCUUUGGCGGUUCUGCCGCCCGAUGAAACGGAAGGAAGGACCUAUGAAAUAUUGAGGCUGGUGAAUGCCUCGAACGAAGUAUAUCAUCAUCCAAAAGACAUGAGACUGCCUGUGUCUGCGGACGCACCCUUGGAUCCCAAUCUCCUCGAAGGCGACCCCGAACCCGAAGUUGAACACUAUCGAAGGUCUUUUGAUGUGUCUACUUCAAGAGGUGACUCUAUCGGUAAUUGGGACUUUGUUCAAAGUCCAAAUUUGCUCGACUUCAGAACAGAAGAAGCUGAACAGAGUAAACUUCUGCAACAUGAAGAAAAUGACGAGAUGCAAUCGACAGAACAAGACGAGGGCACUGCGACGAAGGCGUCCGAACGGGAUGUACAAACACCCAAAGGUAGCUUUACAGAUUCUCAAGGAAUGUACGUUGAGAAUUCCGACUCUGGUCGUGAACAAUUCAAGUUAUCAGAAGACUCAAACCACGAUGAGGAGAUUCUACGCGAUGCAGCGUGGACCAAGAUCAGUCGUGCCCUGGUGAACCCGGAAGCCUUGGAAGAAGCAGGCGAGAGUUUCGAAGCAGGAGACGACUAUGUUAUUGUUCAUCGAGUAGUUCGACAGGCGGAGAUAACCAGAUUAUCCAAACGCACUGCUGAAAUCAGAGAAGAACGGGAAAGGCAAUGGAUGAUUGAACAUGAGAGGAGAGAGGCCGACCUGGAAGAAGAUAAGACGGUGCAGGAAGAGGUCAAGAGGCGAGCUGAGCUGAUCAGAAAAGAAGACGAUGAUGAUUAUAUGAUACCGGGAUGGGGUGCCAGUUUCGGACCCAUAUUUAAGAAGAAUGAGUUCUGA